CAUAAAAAUAAAAGCAACCAAAAAUAGACGACGAGUCAACAGUAAUGUCCAAAACGACACCUAAAACUCGCGUACGUUACAACAAACGCAUAUACAGCGGUUUCAAUGGAGAAUUCCACUCCCAUGCAAAUGGCUAAACUGAUUUCUCGUGUCACCAUUAACAUCUCUUCAUUCAUUCUCCAUAUAUUCAUUUCUCCCUCCCCCACAGUCACCGCCCCAUCCACCAUCAAACAAAGAGAUCUCGUUCUCUGUUUCUUCUUUAUUCUUUUUCAUCUGUUCUACAAUCCCUCCCUCCAUGUUUCUUUGAUCGAUGAUACUUGAUCUAAGCACAUGUUAUUCCUGUAACGUGUUGCUAAAAUCGUCGAUUUCAAUGAUCAUGACAGGAUCCAGGAAGAUCUAACGAAGAAAAAUCGAUCUGGGGUCAAACGUAAAAGCAUGGAGGUGCAGAGGAUUAGGCAGUUGAUGUUAUUAUGGUCUAAAUUGCAGAGUUCCCGUGUAGCUCUCGUGGGUGGUAAUCACACUGCCGCCAGGUUUUGUACCCGCUAAGAUUCCUUCUGUUCCCGCUUCUCCUUCUUUCUAUCUCCUUCUUUCUCUCAAUUUCCUUGAAUUUCGCUUCCUUCUUUUUUUCCUAUCUCUGUUUUCUUUGUUGUUUUUUUUUUCCUAAACCCACCUCUGAAUUCUGAUCUUUUAGCCUUAAAAAAUUUAUUGUUGAUUUGAGAUUUCUACACGUUGAUUUGAUCAUGGCGAUUCAAAUUGUUCAAGGAUUCCGUGCGAAUCGAAAGGUAAAACACUUGCAGGAUGGUAGUAUUGGUUUACAUACCAAUACUUAUUUGAUUAUCAGGCUUCCUGAUUAUCGGAUUCUCAAGCUUCUUGCUCGAUCCAUGCUUUUGGCAUUGUUUAUUGUUUCUUUCCCUUGGUUGAGGUUCAGAAAUGGCAAUGUGUCCUUGAACGUUGAUCAUCUUCCUGUGAGCUCUAAUGAUGUUGGCCCUGCAGAUCCCACAAAUGUCGAACUCUUGAAACCUCUCUUCCUUGAUCUAAAAAACGAAGGACUGUUGAAGACGGGAGAUAAAGCUCUGUUUCUCAGCAACAAUGGCGACGAAAAUGAUGUUUUAACUUCUGGUAUUUUAACCGAGAACGAAAUGGAUCUGAUCUCUGUUUCAGACAUCGAGCGUCAAAGCUCCGUCCCCAGUGAAUCUUUUCAUUUCAUCUUCACCCACAGCUUCCACGCCACCGGAGAUUUCAUCGACAGAACUCUGAAAAUCAACGGGAUCGUUGCCGUUCAGCUCAACGAGAAUCCCGCCUUGGCGUUCGAGAAGCCAUUAAACUACAAAACAGUUUACCUCAGGCAGUUCCAGUCAACGAUAAUGGCGAUGAGGAAAACGGCGUCGUUCCCCGGAGAGAAGCUUUUUCCGGGAAGACGGCUUUUAGGGUAUGCGACGGAAGCGAAGAAAGCGGCGUUAACGAAGCUCGAAGAUGUCCUGCUGGAGCCGCCGAGAGCAGCGUCUGGUAAAUCCAGAACUUACCUGAAACGAACAAAGUACUUGCCGGACUUAAUGGGAGAUUCCCUCGAAAGUUACCCACGUCGGGUUUUCAUCGACGUGGGCUUGCCGGAAAAAGAAGGUGGCAGCGGCACCGGGUGGUUCGCCGAGCAUUACCCGACUAGGAACCUCGAUUUUGAAAUGUAUAAGAUUGAGACUGUGACAGAGUCGUCGGGGAAGGAGGUUCCUCAGAUUGGGAUGUCGGAUUGGUUGAGAGAGAACGUUGAGGAAGAAGAGUACGUGGUGAUGAAAGCAGAAGCAGAAGUUGUGGAGGAGAUGGUGAGAAGCAAAGCCAUUAAAUUGGUUGACGAGCUUUUCUUGGAGUGUAAGCCAAAGGGUCUCGGAAUCGGAGGAAGAAAGAGUAAGAGUAGAAUCAGAGCUUACUGGGAAUGCUUGGCUCUGUAUGGAAAGCUCCGAGACGAAGGUGUUGCAGUUCAUCAAUGGUGGGGUUGACCGACUUUGACCAUUACAGAAAUAAUUAUAGGCAUAAAUCAAGAUAAACCAGAGAGAGAGAGAGAGAGAGAGAGAGAGAGAGAGAGAGAGAGAGAGAGAGAGACAGAUAAGAGUAGCAGAAAAAGUUAGCAAGAAGAAGAAAAUCAGAAGAGUACUGUAACAUUUCCUGCUGUGUUGGUUUCCAAUUUUUGUUGCAUGAUAAAGACGACGACCAUGUCUGUCCGUACAUGUGCUGUGUUUGGUGGAGGAGACAGAGUGUGCAUAAAUGGGGUGUGAUCAAUGAUGGAUGUUAAUGGCGGAGGAGGAUGUUGCGGGGGGGUGAUUUCAUUUUCGUUUUUCGGUUUUCGUUUACCUUUUUCAUUUCAUGGGCGAUUAUGAUCUGUUCUGUUGCUUCUGUUCUUGAUUUUUCAUCUGCUAAAAAAAAGUUGGAUAUGUUUUUUUUAAUUUGAUCAUAUUUCAUGGGGAAAAUUAUGAAAUAUUUUUUUUUUCUUGUACAUGAAUGUAGCU